GGGCAGGGGCUGACUCACCCGCCACGCUCACCUGGUACUCGAUCUCCAGCGAGGCCUUCAGGGGCAUGGGCUGGUAGAAACACUCCUUCUGGCCGGCCGGAAGCGUGAACGUGAAGUCGCUGUCCAAGGAGGGCGUGAAGCCGGCCGCCCCCAGUAGGAGCCCCGGGGACAGCGCGGCCAGGAGGAGCACCGGGAAGGGCCGCCCGAGCCUGACGCCCAUCCCUGCCGAGGAGGUUUCGCGUCGAAAGGAGGCGUGGGUUAGAGGCUCCCAGGCUCCGCUUUGCUCCUCUUCGCUCCUCGUGGUUGGCAGGGAGACCGGGAGUCUGAGGAGACUACCUGAGGCGGCCGCUCGCUCUGCCGCGAAAGGCCGGCCCCCAAAGGCGUGUAGGGAGCUGGAGAUGUUGAAGAGAUAAAGCAGAAUGGGGACCUGAUCCAUUGCCUUCUGUCGGAGUGUUCUUACACAGAAGCAAAUUUGUGAAACAAAAGGGGGGAAAAAGGAUAAAAACAGUUUCUCUACUAAGCACGCACAGCGUCUCAUUUAAUUUCCAAACACAGUUUCUUUUGUUAAGAAAUGGAAUCUAGUUUGUCAGACUUCUGUAAUAAAGACAAUGAAGAAGAAAGUUUGCUUGCAAAUGUUGCUUCCUUAAGACAUGAACUGAAGUUAACAGAAUGGAGUUUGCAGAAUUUAGGAGAAGCGUUGUUCAGUGUUAGUCCAAGUGAAAAUUCUGAUUAUGCCUCUAAUCCUUCAAGGUCUGAAAGACUUGUUCUCGAAGAUCUUGCUCACCUUAGGCACCGUGGACUUUUGAAUUACUCACCUUAUAACAAAGUUUGUAAGAUGUCCAAUAGCAGUUCUGAUUGUCAAAAAAAGUCAAGAGAUAAGGUGUCUUUUUCAUCUUCUGCUUCCAUUGAUCAGGAGAUCAAAAAUCUUCGAGAGAAACUUAAUAAACUUAGGCAACAGAAUGCUUGCUUGGUCUCACAGAAUCAUUCAUUAAUGACUAAAAUAGAAUCUGUCCACUUUGAAUUAACACAGUCAAGAGCAAAAGUUUCUAUGCUUGAAUCUGCUCAACAACAGGCAGCCAGUGUACCAAUCUUAGAAGAACAGAUUAUAAAUUUGGAAGCAGAAGUUUCAGCCCAAGAUAAAGUUUUGAGAGAGGCAGAAAAUAAAUUAGAGCAGAGCCAGAAAAUGGUAAUUGAAAAGGAUCAGAGUUUGCAGAGGUCCCAAGAGGAAUGUAUAAAAUUGAAGGUGGAUUUACUUGAACAAAGUAAGCAAGGAAAGAGAGCUGAACGACAAAGGAAUGAAGCCCUAUUUAAUGCUGAAGAGCUGAGUAAAGCCUUUCAACAUUAUAAAGAAAAAGUUGCUGAAAAACUGGAAAAGGUCCAAGCUGAAGAAGAAAUAUUAGAGAAAAAUCUAACUAAUUGUGAAAAAGAAAAUAAAAGGCUACAAGAAAAGUGUGGUCUAUAUAAAAGUGAACUUGAAAUACUGAAAGAUAAGUUAAGGCAGUUAAAAGAAGAAAAUAAUAUUGGAAAAGAAAAAUUAAGAGUCAUGGCAGUGAAAAAUUCAGAAGUCAUGGCACAACUCACUGAAUCUAGACAAACUAUUCUGAAACUAGACAAUGAGUUAGAGGACAAAAAUGAAAUACUUAGAGAAAAAUUUUCUCUAAUGAAUGAAAACCGAGAAUUAAAGGUCCGUGUUGCAACGCAGAAUGAGCGACUGGAUUUGUGUCAGCAAGAAAUAGAAAGUUCAAGGGUGGAACUGAAAAGUUUGGAAAAAAUUAUAUCCCAGUUGCCAUUAAAGAGAGAAAUGUUUGGUUUUAAAUCAUCACUUUCUAAGCACCAGAUGAAUAGUUUGUCAAACAAAGAAGACAGUUACAUUGACUGCUGUGAGGCAAAUAAAAUGGUGAUAUCAGAAUUGAGGGUUAAACUUGCAAUAAAAGAGGCAGAAAUUCAAAAACUUCAUGCAGACCUGACUGUGAAUCAGUUACCUCAGAAUAUAAUUUCUUGUAAAGAAAACCAAGAAAGUGGCAAAUUAAAUAUUUUAGAAACAGAACCUGUAAAACUAGGAGGUAAUCAAGUAGAAAGUAUAAACAAUCAAAAUCAACAUACUGUACACAAGCAAUAUGAGAAAGAAAGGCAAAGACUUGUUUCUGGAAUAGAAGAACUACGAACUAAGUUGAUGGAAAUAGAAGCUGAGAAUUCUGAUUUGAAAGUUAAUAUGGCCCACAGAACUAGUCAGUUUCAGCUGAUUCAAGAGGAGCUGCUAGAAAAAGCUUCAAACUCUAGCAAACUUGAAAGUGAAAUGACAAAGAAAUGUUCACAACUUUUAACUCUAGAGAAACAGCUGGAAGAAAAAAUAGUUGCCUAUUCCUCUAUUGCUGCAAAAAAUGCAGAGCUAGAACAGGAGCUUAUGGAAAAGAAUGAAAAGAUAAGAAGUCUAGAAACCAAUAUCAAUACAGAGCAUGAGAAAAUUUGUUUAGCUUUUGAAAAGGCAAAGAAAAUUCAUCUUGAGCAGCAUAAAGAAAUGGAAAAACAGAUUGAAAGACUUGAAUCCCAACUAGAAAAAAAAGACCAACAAUUUAAGGAACAAGAAAAGACUAUGGCUAUGUUGCAGCAAGAUAUAGUAUGUAAACAACACCAUCUUGAAUCACUAGACAGACUCUUGACGGAAAGCAAAGGGGAAAUGGAAAAGGAAAACAUGAAGAAAGAUGAAGCUUUGAAAACAUUACAGAACCAAGUAUCUGAAGAAACAAUCAAGGUCAGACAGCUGGAUUCAGCAUUAGAAAUUUGUAAGGAAGAACUUGCCUUGCAUUUAAAUCAAUUGGAAGGUAAUAAGGAAAAGUUUGAAAAACAGAUGAAGAAGAAAUCUGAAGAGAAAAAUAAGUGUAAGACGGGGUGUUCCAGUAAAGACAAAAAAAUGGUAUAUUGUUUACAGAAAGAGCUAAAGAUUAAAAGUCAUAGUCUUCAAGAGACCGCUGAGCAGAAUGUUAUCCUACAACAUACACUUCAGCAACAGCAGCAGAUGUUACAACAAGAGACAAUUAGGAAUGGAGAGCUAGAGGACAUUCAAAUUAAGCUUGAAAAACAGGUAUCAAAACUGGAACAAGAACUCCAAAAACAAAGGGAAAUUUCAGCUGAAAAGUUAAGAAAAAUGGAGGAGAAAUGUGAAGCAGCUACACAUGAAGCAGAUUUGAAAAGGCAGAAAGUUAUUGAGCUUACUGGCAGUGCCAGGCAAGUGAAACUUGAGCUGGAUCAGUAUAAAGAAGAACUGUGUAAAAUGGAAAAAGAAAUAAUGCACCUCAAACGGGAUGGAGAAAAUAAAGCGAUGCAUAUUGAUCAGUUAGACAUGAUCUUAGAACAGACAAAGACAGAGCUAGAUAAGAAAACAAGCAAUGUAAAGGAGUUUGAAAAGUUGCAGCACCACUCUGAAACUGAGCUGACAGAAGCCUUGCAGAAACGGGAAGCACUAGAGACUGAACUACAGAAUGCUCAUGGAGAAUUAAAAAGUACUCUAAGACAACUCCAAGAAUUGAGAGAUGUACUGCAGAAGGCCCAAUUAUCAUUAGAGGAAAAAUAUACCACUAUAAAAGAUCUCACAGCUGAACUUAGAGAAUGCAAGAUGGAGAUUGAAGACAAAAGGCAAGAACUUCUUGAAAUGAACCAGGCACUUAAGGAGAGAAACUGGGAACUAAAGCAAAGAGCAGCUCAAGUUACACAUUUAGAUAUGACUAUUCGUGAGCACAGGGGAGAAAUGGAACAGAAAAUAAUUAAAUUAGAGGGUACACUGGAAAAAUCAGAAUUGGAACUGAAAGAAUGCAACAAACAGAUAGAAAAUUUGAAUGAAAAAUUGCAAAAUGCCAAAGAACAGCUUCGAGUAAAAGAGUUUACAACACUACAGAAUGAACAGGAGAUAAGUCAACUAAAAAAAGAAACUGAACGAUCUCAACAACAAGUGAAAGAAAUGGAAAGUGUUAUAAAAGAGCAGGAACAAUAUAUCACAACUCAAUACAAGGAGACCAUAAGUUUGGAACAAGAAUUGAGGUUAACCCGAGAGCAGAUGCAGAACUCUCAUGCAGAGUUGGUGGAAGCUCGUGGUCAACAAGUUCAAGCACAGAGAGAAAUAGAAAGGCUCACAAAUGAACUGGAAGAAAUAAAGCAACUCUCUAAGGAGAAAGAAGCUCAUGGUAACCAUUUAGCUGAAGAAUUGGGUGCUUCUCACGUACGUGAAGCUCAUUUAGAAGCAAGAAUGCAAGCAGAAAUCAAGAAGCUGUCAGCAGAAGUAGAAUCUCUCAAAGAGGCUUAUCAUAUGGAGAUGAUUUCACAUCAAGAGAAUCAUGCAAAAUGGAAGAUUUCUGCUGAUUCUCAAAAGACUUCUGUUCAGCAGCUCAAUGAACAGUUAGAGAAGGCAAAGCUGGAAUUAGAAGAAGCCCAAGACACUGUGAGCAAUUUGCAUCAACAAGUCCAAGACAGAAAUGAAGUAAUUGAAGCUACAAAUGAAGCCUUACUUAUUAAAGAAUCAGAAUUAAACAGAUUACAAGCCAAAAUUUCUGGACAUGAAAGGACAGAAGACAUCAAGUUUCUGCCAGCUGCAUUUACAUCUCCAACAGAAACUAUACCUGACAUUCAAGAUUCAAAGCUUAGUGACAAUUCUAACCCAUCUUUUUUCAAGUGUAGAAAACUACGUCGCUCUAUUAGUGCUAGUGAUCUUAGUUUCAAAACUCGUAGUGAUGAAGAUCUUUCUGAAGAAUUACUGCAGGACUUAAAAAAAAUGCAUUUUGAACAAUCUUUGGCAUUAGAAGAAAGUCAGAAGGAGCUGACUUAUACCCAGCCAGACUCAUUUAAACCUCUCACAUAUGACCUAGAAGAUGAUAGUUCUGAGGGUAAUGACUUCAGUACUCUUAGUGGAAUGCUAAGGUACAUAAACAAAGAAGUGAGAUUAUUAAAAAAGUCUUCUAUGCAAACAGGUGCUGGUUUAAUUCAGGGAGAAAAUUUGUAAUUAAAAGAAGUUGUUGAUGUGAUGAAAAAUGGAACUUUUGGUAUUGUAGCACGUUUACUUAUUUGAUAUAACUCAUACUUCAGAGAAAUUGUUAUUGUAUUGCUUGUGAAUAAAUUUUGUAGUUCAAUA